CUCCAAGCCCAGAAGCUCCGCCCCUGUCUGGUACCUAAAGCCCACGGGAGGAAUUACCGCAUUCCACCAUUUCUCCCCAUCUCCCAUUCAAGUUCUGAACUUCCGAGGUAUCUGGGCUUUCCUCGAAGGAAUUGUAACUCUGAGGACAGAGUCCUGCCGACCUAGACGCUUACCUGUCUCUUCAGAAUUUCAGACCAAUCGAUCUUCCUGUCUCUUUAAGAGUUAGGGCCUCUCAAUGUGGCUGCCCCUUUAAGACGACGUUAGAGCAAUUCAUGGCUGAGAGACUAGGGGGAUGCCCUCCGGGACCUGGCGAUGCUCUAACUCCCGUCAAACAGCGAAUCAGCUGUUUUUGGAGCGGAAUUUCGGUAAAAGACGUCUUUCUCGCUUGUCUGCUGUGCACAAGUGGAAAUUUCCCGCAGUUUUGCUUAUAGAGCGAAAAGGGCUCCGAGCGACACCUCCCGCGUUCCUGUGCCACAUGGACGCUCCCAGAUAAGGUCCCACCCCACCCCACCCCCCCGGUUCACGUGGUCGGCGGCCGGGCCUGAGUGACUCUGGAUGCUAGGUCUACGUGAGGCGUGGAUUCCGGGAUGGCGGCGGUCCCGUCCAGUGAUGCUGCUCGGUUUUCUUGUCCCCCCAAUUUUAUUGCGACGCCCCUAGCCUCAGAGCACACUCGUUUCUCUUUGGAGGCGUUGACGAGCCCUGAUACAGAACUGUGGCUUAUCCAGGCUCCUGCGGACUUCACCCCGGACUGCCUCAAUGGGCGGCUCGUGCCUCUCUCUGGCUCCCAGGUUGUGAAAGGCAAGUUGGCAGGCAAGCGGCACCGCUACAGGGUCCUCAGCAGCAAUGGCUCCCAGGCUGGAGAAGCAACCCUGCUGGCCCCUUCAGCAGAGGUGGGAGGGGGACUCACCUGUGCCCCUUCCCCACAGGGCAGCCUAAGGAUCUUUGAGGGUCCCCAGGAGUCUUUAACAGGGACCCUGCUGCAGCCCAUUCCAGCAAGUCCCCCACCACAGAUUCCCCCUGGCCUCAGGCCUCGGUUCUGUGCCUUUGGAGGCAGCCCUCCAGUCACUGGGCUUGGGUCGGUCUUGGCGUCAGGGAAGAGGAAAAAGAAGAGACAUAUUCCAGAGGCCUCAUUUCCUCAGGAGGCCCUGCCUGAGCAUGGAGCCCUAGAGGUGGACACAGCUUUGGGGUCCCCAGAAAUGGAUGUGGGGAAGAAGAAGAAAAAGCAGCAGCUGCAUGAACUGGAGAGGAGAGACUCAUUGGCAACAGAGCCUGCUGCUGAGAUGUCGGAGCCUCUGGGAAUGCUGUUUUCAUCCACCACCAAGAAGAGGAAAAAAAAGCCCAAAGACGUAGAAGUGGGGAUGCUGGAGUCAGAAGAAAAGAUGGUGGAGCCAGAGCUUGUGGUGAAAACUGAGCCUCUGGAUGAGGCAGUCUUAUCCCCCACCAAAAAGAGGAGGAGGAGACAGCAGGAGACCGAAGGGAUGGAGCCGGUGGAGGGGAUGAUAGUCGAGUCUCAGCUGCAGGUGAAGAUGGAGCCGCAGGAGGAAGCCAUCCCACUGCCAUCCUCAAAGAAGAAGAAAAAAGAAAAGGGGUACAAAGUGAUGAGGGAGCCAGGGACUGAGGCUCUAGAGCCAGAGACGAAACCUCUGGAGGUCCCAGAGGAGAUGCUGGAGCCUGAACUCCUUGUGCCUCAGGCUGAGGCCACUCUGGCAUGCACCAAAAAGAGAAGGAAGAAAGAAAAGUGGCAAGAUGCGAUGAUGGAGCCAGCGACAGAGGUGGUAGAACCAAAGGAAGAGGUGGUGGAACCAAAGGAAGAGGUGGUGGAGCCCGAGCUGCCAGGUGCUGUUGAACCUCAGGCAGAUCUAACAUCUGCCAAAAAGAAGAAGAAGAAGAAAGAAAGAGAGCGCAGAAUGACAGAGCCGGGGACUGAGAUGAUUAACCCACAUGGGGAGAUGAUGGAGCCUGAGCUGCCAGUUGAGGGGGAGCCUGAGGCCAGGCCAGAUCCAGCAUCCACCAAGAAGAGGAAAAAGCGGGGCCAGGAAAGCCAGGUGCUGGAGACAGCAUCCCAAAGCUGCUGCUGAAUCCAGAGUCACAGGACAGGGGAGGAAGCAGUGUAGUCUCCGCCCAAAGAUGACACCUGGGCCAUCAGAAGGUGAGUGCAGAGAAGACCUCCCUCCCAGUGACUACACCUGCACACCGGCCAGAGCCUGGACCAGGAAAAUGCUUUAUUGUCACACUGAGGGCAGCUAAGCUCAUCGGGGCGCUUUCAAGAAGGGCUCAUGUAAGACGUCAAAGAGUCUCCGGGCCUGGAGGGGAGGGGAGAGAAAAGAGGAACCGGUCAUUAAAUGAGCCAUGUGUGCGCUA